AUGACGAUUAAGGUGACGGCAACGGUGAUGGCGACGGGGAAGGUGACGGUGACGGUGACGGUGACGGUGACAGUGAAGACAAUGCAUUUUAUAUUGCAAUGGGUGCUUAUAAUCAUAACAAUGCUGUUUGGAACAAUCAACUCGUACAAACUCCUAGUCAUAAGUCCACUGCCAUUUAAAAGCCAUUCAAUUUUGGGUGAAGCCAUGGUUGAACACUUGACUAAUGCUGGACACGAGGUAACUUAUGUGACUGUUUUUCUGCCAGAGAAACCAAUGCCACGUGUAACUGUGGUUGACAUGAGUGACAAUAUAAAAUUGUUUCCUUCAGGACCCAUGAGUAUACAAGCUGUUAUGGAUAAAACAAACGAAGGCAACAGCUUCUUUGCUAUCGUUCCACAGCUCAUGAAUAUGAGCAAGGACACUAUAGCUCACCCGAACGUGCAGAAGUUGAUAAAUGAUAAGAAUCAACAGUUUGAUGCUGUUAUCGCGGAAUGGAUGUUAAACGAAGUCUAUGCCGGAUUUGCAGGAGUAUUCAACUGUCCAUUAAUUUGGUUCUCAACAUUAGAACCGCACUGGAUGGUGUUGAGGCUAGUAGAUGAAGUUACCAAUCCGGCGUAUACUGUAGAUGUAGCGUCAGAUGCUGUUCCUCCGUUGACAUUUAUACAACGAGCCGAAGAACUGGGCAUACAAAUAGUUGGCAGGCUUAGCCAGGCUUUAUGGGUGUCUCGCCUUGAAAAUAGUUUAUACGAUGAGUUUUUUGUUACGGCAAUUAAAAAAAGACAUAACACAGCACCUUCGUUCGAAGCUCUGAGGUUCAAUGCAUCCUUACUUUUGACCAACUCCCAUGUAUCGAUGGGUGUUCCGGCAGUAUUGCCAGCUAAUGUAAUUCCUAUAGGAGGAUACCAUAUCAAACCUAACGUAAAACCAUUACCUGAGGACCUGCAAAAGUUGAUGGACAACGCAAAGCACGGCGUAAUUUACUUUAGCAUGGGCUCUAAUUUAAGGAGUAAUCAAUUACCCGAAGUGGUCAAACAAGAAUUGUUGAAAAUGUUUGGUAAACUCAAGCAAACCGUCAUAUGGAAAUUCGAAGAGGAUUUGCCUAACAGGCCCAGCAAUGUUCAUAUAGUACAGUGGGCUCCACAGCAAAGUAUUUUAGCUCAUAAAAACUGUAUAUUGUUCAUAACACACGGAGGUCUUCUCUCAACCACUGAGACGAUGCAUUUCGGAGUACCCAUAAUUGGAAUACCAGUGUUCGCUGAUCAAUUUGUGAACGUAGCAAAAGCUGUUAAAAAAGGCUACGCGCAAAAAGUGGAUUUAUCUUAUUCAAUGGCUGCAGAUAUAGAGUUAGCUAUAAUUAAACUCCUUGAUGAUUCAAGCUACACAAAGCGUGUAAAGGAACUGUCACAAAUAUACCACGACAGGCCAGUCCCACCGGCCAGAGAACUAGUGCAUUGGGUGGAACACGUUGUAAAAACUAGAGGAGCGCCUCAUUUACGCUCCCCAGCGUUUAUGGUAGCCUGGUACCAGAAGCUCUACUUAGAUCUAGUAUUAGUUUUGGUAGUUCUAGUUUUAGUUUUAAAACGUUUUUUUAAAUACUUAAAAAGUAUUUUAAUAGCAAAACAGAAAGAAAAAACCAGCUAUCGAUAUUCAUCACAGAUAGCAGCGUUAGCGCUGUCACAAUGUAUAGUAUUACUAGCUGACAAAAUGUUUAAGAAGACGCAAUGGUUGACUUUAGUCCUGUUUACACUUUGUGAAAUAAAUGCCUACAAAUACCUGGUAGUUAGUCCGAUACCAGGUAAAAGUCAUUCAAUUUUGGGAGACGCAAUAGUGGAACACUUGGCUAAAGCUGGACAUGAGGUCACGUAUAUCACAGCGUUUACACCAGAAAAAGUAUCACCUAGAGUUACUAUUAUUGACACCGAUAACUAUAAGAAUUUCCCUCCAGACGUAGGCUUCAAUUUAAAUUCAUUUAUGAAUGGAACAGUUACGACUAAUAAUUUCAUGACGUUUGCGCCAUUUAUGUUGAGUGUUAGCAGAGCUACGUUGGGCAACUCGAAUGUACGCAAACUCUUGGCUGAUAAAAACCAACAAUUUGACGCUGUGAUAGCUGAAUGGAUGUUCAACGAAGUAUAUGCCGGAUUUUCAGCAGUUUUUAACUGUCCACUGAUUUGGUUUUCGUCACUAGAACCACAUUGGAUGGUAAUGCAAUUAAUAGAUGAGAUCCCCAAUCCUGCGUAUUCUACCGACAUGUUGACAACUGAUGGUAUUCCUCCUCUGACAUUUAGACAACGAGUCGUCGAACUUUAUACACAAAUCGUGGGUAGACUUAUCCAAACAUUUUGGCUUUCUGGCCUUGAACACGAUAUAUACAAUGAGUAUUUUGUACCUUUUAUUCGAGACAGAUAUAACACUGUGCCUCCAUUUGAAGAACUGAGAUACAAUGCUUCUUUAAUGUUGAGUAACUCUCAUAUAUCGAUGAAUACUCCUAUAAGAUUGCCAGCUAACGUUAUCACUAUAGGAGGGUAUCAUAUCAAACCUAAUAUAAAACCUUUACCUGAGGAUCUACAGAAGCUUAUGGACAACGCCAAAGAUGGCGUAAUUUAUUUCAGUAUGGGCUCUACUUUGAGCAGCAAACAUUUCCCAGAUGAAAUCAAGCAAGAUCUAUUAAAAAUGUUUGGUAAAUUGAAACAGACUGUUAUUUGGAAAUUCGAGGAGGAUUUGCCCAACCGACCUAAUAAUGUGCAUAUUGUUCAGUGGGCUCCACAACAAAGUAUUUUAGCACAUAAGAACUGUAUUGUAUUUAUUACACACGGAGGUCUACUUUCAACUACUGAGACUGUACAUUUUGGAGUGCCCAUAAUUGGAGUACCAGUAUUUGCCGAUCAAUUCGUAAACGUAGGAAGAACUGUCAAAAAGGGAUUCGCUCAAACAGUCGAUUUAAAUUAUGCAUUGGCUGCGAGCUUAGAAAAAGCUAUUAGAAAUGUACUUGAUAAUCCAAGUUAUACAACAAGAGUGAAAGAGCUAUCUGCAAUUUACCACGAUAGAACCGUGCCACCCGCCACAGAACUAGUUCACUGGGCGGAACAAGUUGUGAAGACGAAAGGAGCGAGACAUCUACGCUCUCCAGCGUUUAUGAUGCCCUGGUACCAGAAGAUCUACUUAGAUCUUAUUUUAGUUUUACUAGUAGUUUUAUUAGUUUUGAAAUAUGUAUUUAUUUUUAUAAGAAAUAAUUUUGUUGUAUCGAAUAGAAAAUUAAAAGUUAAUUAAUUUUUUAUACAAUGUAUUUAUUACAAUAAAAUUCCUCCAUUAACUAGUCAAUGGUUAACCAACUAA